CAGUUAUUUGCAUAAUUAUUUAAAGCUUUUCCUUCUUAAUUAACCCUUGUUUUAUAUACUUUUACUGCUGUGAUCCACACCUAAAAGCCAACCACUCCCCAAGAAAAAAAAAAACGACAAAAUCCAAACCACUACACUUGCUAAAGUUGUACUGUGAUCCAUUAAUCUUGGUGGAUAAGAUUAUAUUUAAGUGGGGGCGCUGGGUUCUUUAGUGUUUGAUCAGCCAAGAAAUGUCUCUCUGUUAUAACCAAGGUAAAUAUAGAGAGAAAAUGGAGACAAAAGCCAAAAUAGAAAUUAUCUCAAGAAAGGCCAUUAAUCCGUUCUCCCCAACUUCUCCUCAGUGUAGAAAUCUCAAAUUCUCUCUUCUGGACCAAAUAGUUCCCCCCCGGUACACAUCUAUUAUUUUGUUCUACACUGCAAAUACUAACCAGAACAUUGAUUCUUCUUCCACAGCACAUUCGGAAAUCUCCAACUCCUUACAAAAAUCACUGUCCAAAACUUUAGUACACUUCUAUCCAUUUGCGGGUCGGCUAAAAGACAACACCUGCAUCGAGUGCAGCGAUGAGGGAGCUUAUUUCAUAGAAGCCCGGAUCAAUUGCCAGCUCUCUGAGUUCAUCAAGGAACCCGAUCCAAACUUUCUUAGCCACCUUCUUCCCACUAGUGAUCCUAAAGGUGCUGAGUUAGUCGGGAGAGUAGUUUUGCUCAUUCAACUGACGGUUUUCAAAUGCGGAGGAACUGCUGUUUCUGUUUGCGCCUCUCAUAAGAUUGCAGAUGCAUCAUCUAUGUGUGAAUUCAUCAAGAGCUGGGCAGCCAUGGCUCGUGAUCAUGAUGAAGUUGUGCAUCCAGAAUUCAUCGGAGCGUCUAUGAUGCGGCCCACGACGGAUCCGUCUAUCGAGGGCAGGUUAGAAGCCCCAGGUGAAAGUUUCGUCACGAAGAGGUUCGUGUUUGAUGUCUCAAAGUUAGCCAAUCUCAAAGCGAAAAUUGGCAGUGGAGUUCCACAACUUGUCCCCACAAAUGUUGAACUAGUUUCUGCAAUUUUCUUGAGAUGUGCUAUCGCAGCUUGUCAAUCCACAACAGGGUGCUUAAAACCGUCGCUAUUAUACCAAACUGUGAACUUGCGCACGAGAAUGGUGCCGCCAGUGCCAGAAGCUGCCAUCGGAAAUCUCAUUUGGGGUUUCCCCGUGGUAGUCGAAGAGGCAAGUAAGAUGGAAGUUGGCGAUAUUGUGGUUAAGAUGAGGAAAGGAUUGAUAGAUUUUUGCAAUGAGAAGGCGAAUAGAUUCAAAGGCGAAGAUGGAUAUUCAUUUGUUUUCGAGUCAUUUAAAGUCGGAGAAUCUUUGAAGAUGGGUAUGAAUAUGUAUUUUUGUAGUAGUUGGUGCAAGUUUCCAUUCUAUGAAGUGGACUUUGGGUGGGGGAAGCCAACAUGGAUUACGUGUCCAAUGUACUCCAUGAACGCAAUUACGUUGAUGGAUACAAAAAGAGGGGAGAGAAUUGAAGCUUGGGUAACCUUAGAAAAACAAGAAAUGGCCAUGUUUGAAACCAACGAGGAGCUUCUUGCUUUUGCUUCAAUAAACCCUAGUCUCAUAACUUAAUGGCACAAGUGCCAAGUAUAGCCAAGGAGUGAAAUUCAUAUAUAUGUGUGUGUGUGUGUAUUUUGCGUGCCACUAAUGGUCUUUGCUUAGGGUUAUUCGUAAGAGAGAAAAAUGAUGUGCAGAAUCAUGUAUCAAAAAAGAAGUAAGCGUGGAACGGCCAAUUCAAAGAUGUCGGAAAAUUAGGUACAAAGGGUAGACUAAGUGGAUAAUGCGGACUAUAUAAAAUAAUGUCUUAUGUGAUGCAAUGAUUGAUGUAUGUCAGUUUACCAUGGCCACUACGAGUACAACUACCGGCACCCAGUAUUCUCCGAUGUUAUAAUAUUGGGAUUUUUAUGA